AAAGCCAUCCUGUCUGGGAAACCCAUUGAUCGGCCAAUCAACCCAACAACAAUCUUGAACAAGACAAUUAUCCAACGCCAGACACAUAACACUCACACCACCAUGCAGGCCAUCCGGUCCUCUCUCCGCGCUCGCGCCGCAGUCGCAUCUGUUCGAUCUUUCAGCACCACCCCCUCCAACUCGAUCGCACGCAUAAUCGUCACUGGUCGUUUAGCUGCUGAGCCUGAGAUCACGGCCACAUCCACCGGUCAAGACGUCAUCAAGUAUGUCGUCGGAACUUCAUAUGGCCCCAGGGACAACCGUCAAACGAGCUGGUUCCGUGUUGCCAGCUUCCAGCCUGAGGGUCCUGGACGCGACCAUCUCUUGAGCCUUCCAAAGGGAACUCUAGUAUACGUCGAGGGUGAUGCUAGCAUGCGUGUCUAUGAAGACGCCGAGGGCAAGAAGACAUCCAGCUUGAACAUUGUGCAACGAACACUCGAAGUCCUCAAGCGCCCUCAUACCGCCAGCGAAUCGGGUAGCGAGGGAACUCAAUAAGUCGAUACUUGAUCCAACCGGACACGGAUCACGGCGAUAUAUAAGGUUUACCAUACAACGGAGCAUGACCGCCGCGAUGUAGAACACAAUUUUGACGCAUCAGGAUCCCAAGACGCCGCUUCUAUCUACGUGUUAUUCAUACAAAGAUUCCUUUCUUAUGUACGAAGUAGUUGACUAAGAUGAUGAUGUGCUAUAGUUACAGUAUACCCUUUGGAAAUUUUCAUGUAUCUUUGCUUGGAGAUAGACAGUCUAUGGGUGGCUUGGUGACAUGACAAUCUCUUCUCCUUUUCUUCAUUCAUAUGUCAAAUCUAUCAUCGUAGUUGACUCAUUUUCCAGGCAAUUGAAAAGAAUUCAUGCAUAUUUGAGCAAUUUGAGCUUAGUCAUUGCG